GCAAGUCUCAAAGAAGAAACCACCGGGACUAGCGCCGCCAUCGCUCAUCGGGCUCGUUGAGCUCGAACACCUAGUCGGCAGAGCUACAGGCGAGUUGCGAUCACUCAACAAGAACUAGUAGUUCGCCCUCGCGAAAUAGCACUUUGAAUCUGCCAUUGCUGAUCACCAGUCUGUGAGUCAAGACUCAUAUUCACUCUCUAGUGAUCAGCUACUAUGGAACUCAAAAUCCUAUUAUCCUCUGAUAGUCCUCCGCUGGCUGUCUUUGUUGCUGCAAAAAUUGCCGGUGUUGCUUUUUCCGCAGAUGCAACUCUCAGCCCUGGUUCUCCACCCACAGUUCUACUACCUAAUGGAUCAAAGUUGCGGGGAACUUUUGUUCUGUUAAGGUAUAUUGGCCGUGUAGCAAGCACUCCUGGAUUAUACCGGCGGGAUUCGUUUGAGUCUAGCCAGAUAGAUGAAUGGCUGGAGUAUGCCCCUACUUUUGCAUCUGGCUCUGAAUUUCAGGGAGCAUGCAAUUAUGUGGACCAAUUUCUGAUGCAGCACACAUUUUUGGUUGGGAAUAGUCUUUCAAUUGCAGAUAUUGCUGUCUGGUCUGGUCUUGCAGGAGCUGGACAGAGAUGGGAAAGUCUUAGAAGAUCAAAGAAAUACCAAAAUCUGGUAAGGUGGUUCAACACAAUAUUUGUAGCAUAUGAAGCUGUUCUUGGUGAAGUCAUCGCAACAUAUAUAGGGAAAAAGGGCUCCACAAAGGCAGCAGCCAAAGUAAAUGAGCAGCAAGUUUCAAAUGCUAAUCCUUCUGCUUCUACAUUUGAGGUAGAUCUUCCAGAUGCUGAGGUUGGCAAGGUACGGUUGCGGUUUGCACCUGAGCCAAGUGGAUUUCUUCAUAUUGGUCACUCUAAAGCUGCACUUCUAAACCAGUAUUUUGCUGAGCGGUAUAAAGGUGAUGUCAUUUUGCGCUUUGAUGAUACUAAUCCAGACAAAGAAAGUAAUGAGUUCGUGGAUAAUCUUUUGAAAGAUGUUGAGACUUUGGGAAUUAAAUACAAAGCUGUAACAUACACAUCAGACUACUUUCCUCAGUUGAUGGAGAUGGCUGAAAAAUUGAUUCUAGAGGGGAAAGCAUAUGUUGAUGAUACACCACGAGAACAGAUGAAGGAGGAAAGAAUGAAUGGUAUAGAAUCAAAGUGUAGGAACAACACUGUUGAGGAAAAUUUGGCAUUAUGGAAGGAAAUGAUUGCUGGUUCUGAGAGGGGUAAGAUGUGCUGUCUAAGAGGGAAGUUGGAUAUGCAGGAUCCUAACAAGUCGCUUAGAGAUCCAGUAUAUUACCGCUGCAAUGACACUGCACACCAUAGGAUUGGUUCCAAAUAUAAACUGUACCCUACUUAUGAUUUUGCUUGUCCCUUUGUUGAUGCCACUGAAGGCAUUACACAUGCACUUAGGUCUAGUGAGUACCAUGAUCGCAAUGAUCAGUACUACCGGAUACAGACCGAUAUGGGGUUCCAAAAAGUUCACAUAUAUGAGUUCAGUCGGCUGAACCUGGUUUAUACACUUCUUAGUAAGCGGAAGCUGCUGUGGUUUGUUAAAAAUGGACUGGUCGAAGGGUGGGAUGAUCCACGAUUUCCUACUGUGCAAGGAAUUGUGCGCAGAGGGCUGAAGAUUGAGGCUUUGAUACAGUUCAUUCUUGAACAAGGAGCCUCAAAGAAUCUGAAUCUCAUGGAGUGGGACAAGCUGUGGGCUAUUAAUAAGAAGAUAAUUGAUCCUGUGUGUCCCCGGCACACUGCUGUGAUAGCAGAAAGACGUGUCUUAUUGACUUUAAGUGAUGGCCCAGAAGAUCCAUUUACACGUACCAUACCAAAGCACAAGAAAUAUGAAGGUGCUGGGGUUAAGGUAACCACUUACUCGAAAAGAGUUUGGAUUGACUAUGCCGAUGCAGAGUUGAUUUCUGUUGAUGAAGAAGUCACUUUAAUGGAUUGGGGUAAUGCUAUUGUGAAGAGUAUAGAAAAAGAUCAGCAGGGGAAUGUUGUAAAUUUGACUGGGGUGCUGCAUCUUGAAGGCUCUGUGAAGACUACCAAAUUGAAGCUCACUUGGCUUCCUCAUACAAAUGAACUUUUGAAGCUCUCUUUGGUUGAUUUUGACUAUUUAAUCACCAAAAAGAAGCUUGAGGAAAAUGAAGAUUUCGUUGACGUUGUCAACCCCUGCACAAAAAAGGAGACUUGUGCGUUUGGGGAUGCAAACAUGAGAGACUUGAAGAGAGGUGAUAUAUUGCAGUUGGAGAGAAAAGGCUACUUCAGAUGCGACGUUCCCUUUGUCAGGACAACAGACCCAAUUGUUCUCUUUGCCAUUCCAGAUGGAAAACAGCAACCUGUAAUGAGGUUUGCAGCACCAGAUGCCAAACACCAAUGAAUUACUGACUCACUCACGACUGCAGACGUACUGGUGCCAGCUACGUUGAAUGUAUGAACACGAAAGGAGAUUCAUCAACGUAACUUGGAAUUUUGUUGUUGCUAGAAAUGCAUGAGAUCGAAUUCACUAAUUUACCAAUUAAUGAUUUCGAAUUUGAGUAAUUCUUAGCUUGUUAUUGAUCUCUGAUCGAGUCUCCAUAUCUGUGUUAAUUUUGAUACAUUUUGUUGACAGAAAACAAGGGAUUCAUUAUGUAUUGACCAUUAUAUUUUUGCUCGCUUAGUUUCAUACAAUUCCUAAAUGUAUAACUUGUAUGCUA